UGCUAGCAUAACAUUUCUUCUGAAAACUACUUUACAGAAUGCUGGAGCAGUGAUUGGAAAAGGUGGCAAAAAUAUUAAGGCACUUCGUACAGAUUACAAUGCAAGUGUUUCAGUCCCAGACAGCAGUGGCCCCGAGCGCAUCUUGAGUAUAAGUGCAGAUACAGAGACAAUUGGAGAAAUAUUGAAGAAGAUUAUCCCUACUUUGGAAGAGUAUCAACACUACAAAGGUAGUGACUUUGACUGUGAACUAAGGCUUCUAAUUCACCAAAGUCUGGCAGGAGGAAUCAUUGGUGUCAAGGGUGCUAAAAUCAAAGAACUCAGAGAGAAUACUCAGACCACCAUUAAGCUCUUCCAAGAGUGUUGUCCUCAUUCCACUGAUAGAGUGGUGCUUAUUGGUGGAAAACCUGAUAGAGUUGUGGAAUGUAUCAAGAUUAUUUUGGAUCUUAUAUCUGAGUCUCCAAUUAAAGGACGAGCCCAGCCUUAUGAUCCCAAUUUCUAUGAUGAAACAUAUGACUACGGUGGCUUCACGAUGAUGUUUGAUGAUAGAAGGGGACGUCCUGUAGGCUUUCCAAUGCGUGGAAGAGGAGGCUUUGAUCGAAUGCCUCCAAAUCGUGGUGGGAGACCUAUUCCUCCAUCAAGAAGAGAUUACGAUGAUAUGAGCCCUCGCAGAGGACCUCCACCACCUCCACCAGGCCGUGGUAGCAGAGGUGGCAGCAGAGCUCGUAAUCUUCCUCUUCCUCCUCCUCCACCUCCUCGUGGCGGAGAUCUUAUGUCUUAUGACCGAAGGGGCAGACCUGGAGACCGUUAUGAUGGAAUGAUGAUGCAGUGUCAUGUGGAUGCCUGCGAUGACAUGCAGCCGCCAGAGUUGUUUGAGGGUGGCUCUGGAUAUGACUAUUCUUAUGCAGGGGGCCGUGGUUCGUAUGGAGAUCUUGGUGGGCCCAUCAUCACAACACAAGUAACAAUUCCCAAAGAUUUGGCAGGAUCUAUUAUUGGAAAGGGUGGCCAGAGAAUCAAACAGAUACGACAUGAGUCAGGAGCUUCAAUCAAAAUUGAUGAACCCUUAGAAGGCUCAGAAGACCGAAUAAUAACUAUUACGGGAACACAGGACCAGAUACAAAAUGCACAGUACUUACUGCAGAAUAGUGUGAAGCAGUAUGCAGAUGUUGAAGGAUUCUAAUGCAAGAUUAUUUUUUCUUUUUUAUAGUGUGAAGCAGUAUUCUGGAAAGUUUUUCUAAGACUAUUGAAGAACUGAAGGAGUCCUGCAUCUUUUUUUUUUAAUUAUUAUUAUUAUUUUUUACUUUUUAAUAUCUGCUUCUGUUUAAAAAGCCAUCAUUCCUCUGCUUCAUAGGUGUUCUGCAUUUGAGGUGUAGUGCAAUCUGCGGUUCACCAGAUAUGUUUUACUUUGCUUAAAAAGGUUUGGGAGAAAGUAAAGGGCACACAAGACUAACACUGAAAUUUUGAAACAGCAGCAGAGAACACGUUUUAAUUUUGCUCAUUGUAGCGGUAAAAUUUAGUGCCUUUUUUCCUUUUUUUCCUGUAACUAUCGUGAACACCUUAGUUUAUUUACACUUUUUUUGGGGGGGUUGUUUUUUUUAAUUGGGUGAAGGCUGGUAGUCGACAUGUCCCUGGCAUCCUUUGAAAGCAACAUGCAGAACGUGAUGCUCUUUUGUAAGAAAUGUUUUAUGGUUUUUAAAUAAAUUUACUGAAACUA